ACGUAAAUGACAAAAUUGUUAAUGGCUUCGCCGAUAAACCAUUAUCCAAACAAGAAAAAGAUAAAAGGAAGGAGGAGUAGGUUGGAAGGAUUCCAACGUUUUCAACCACAGCAGGUCACGAAUUCCUUCUAGAUUCUCCAAAUCCAAACCCUAGUCAAUCAUGAAUUUCUUCAAAUCAGUUUUUUCCGAUGAUGCUGAAUCGGAAUCCUCCAACACCAAACUACAACCAGAAGAACAAAACCCAGAUCCCAACACUCCUCCCAAGCUCCAACCUAGCAAUGCUGGUGGUGGUGGUGGUGGUGGUGAUAGCUGGAGUUUUGGUGGUUUACUCAGAACCUUAACCGUCAAAUCUGAAUCGGUCAUUGAAACAUACCGUCGCGAUCUGCAAGAGUUUGGGACGGGUCUAAGAAAAGAACUUGAGGUGGCCCAGGGUUCCGUAGGGACAGUCGGUACCGUCAUUGACGAGUUUGGAAACACCGUUUUGAAAGGGACGGCCCAGAUCAUCUCUCACGGUAAAGAUGCUAUCCUUGCUAUUGAGCACGAAUUUGAUUCAUCUGAUAAUAGUACUAAUCAGAAUAAUAAUAGUGGGCAACACAAACCAUAUAGUCGUUUCGAUGCUCAGGUUCGUGCGAUUCAGGGAGAUGUAAAUACAUAUUGUGAGGAAGUUGAUGAUUUAGAUGAUUAUGAUAAGUGGAAAUCUGGGUUUGUUUUAGAUACAAUGAAUGAGGAAAUUGAGAGUUUGUUUGAACAAAAUGGUGCUAUGGAAAGUAUAUACAAAAAGGUUGUGCCUAGUAAUGUUGAUCAUGAGACCUUUUGGUGUAGGUAUUUUUAUAGGGUGUUUAAGCUUAAACAGACUGAGGAUUUAAGGACUAGUCUUGUGAAGAGAGCCAUUUCAGGUGUUUCAGCUGAAGAGGAGGAGGUCUUGAGUUGGGAUGUUGAUGAUGAAGAUGGAGAGGAUGAGAGUCAGGGUAAUGUGGUCACUAAAUUGAAUCCAAAGGAAAUUGAAAACGUGGAUAGCAAAAAUUCUGGAAAGGAUGUUUGUAAAGAGGCUGAAGCAGCAGUGAAAAGUGAUCUAUCUGAAAACAAGGAGUUGGGUGAUAAAAAACUUGUGAAGGAAGAUAGUUUGAAAGCUGAUGAUGAUGAGGGAGAGAAGAGUUCUAAAUCUGAUGUGGAUGAAGUUGGUAAGGUAAGUGUUAUGGAAGAUGUUACGAAGAAAGUGAGCGAGGAGAAGAAUAGUGGAAUGAACAAGGAAGAUUCAGGAUUGAAACUAGAUGGGAAGGUGAGUUUGACGGAUAAGGGAGAAUCGGAGUCUAGUAAAAAUAGUGACAUUUCAGUUGUGUCAAGCCAGCCAUCUAUGCCCGAGGAAGAAGACCUUGGGUGGGAUGAGAUUGAAGAUCUUAGCAGCAUGGAUGAGAAGAAAGUGACUCGUGCUGGGAGCCCAACUAGAGCUGACUUGAGGAAGCGGCUGAGUGUUGCAGAAGAAGAGGAAGACUUGAGUUGGGAUAUUGAAGAUGACGACGAGCCAGUCAAGGCUUGAUACACCCUGAUUCUUGAGUUAAUAAAUUCGUAGAAUUGAUUGGGCUUUGCUCAGUUUUCUCUCCAUAUUAACCUUUGUGAGGGUUAUGUGGGGGAGGAUUUAUUAUAAUUCUAGAUGUUUGGCCUAAUUGCAAAUAUCAUCAAUGAUUAUGUUGUGUAUCUUUAUAUAAGUGGAAGGUAAUGUGGUAUGGUAAUAUCCCUUUCCAUUUAUCUGUUAAAACCAAUUUGCAGACAAUUCAUGCACAUUCAUCA